AGGAGGAGAUGGGUCGAUUGCGCAGGCUAGUUGACAAUGCAUAUGCCUGUGACCCAAGGAUAGCCAAAUUUAAAGAAGAAGACAAGGAAAGAAGACUGGCUCAGAAAAAGGCUAAAGCAGAGGCAAUCAGGCAAAAACAAGAAGAGGAGGAGAGGGUAAGGCAGGAAGCUGAGGAAGCAGAGAGAAAGAAAAGAGAAGCAGAGGAGGCAGAGCAAAGAGCAAAACAGGAGGUAGAAAAGAAGGAAAGAGAGGUGCUGAAGAAAGCAUUCAAAAAAGAGAGGAAGAUGCUGCGGACUCUCUGUAAGGACAACAGUUACUUUGCAUCAGAGGAGGGGGAGCGAGUGCAGACCAUGACAGAUGUGGAGCUGCUGUGUGAGGCACUGGAGCUGACCCGCCUGGAGGAACUCAACAAGGAACUAGCACAAGUGGCCCAGGACAAGAUGCAAGGGUGGGAGGUACUCAUGAAGGAGGUGAGUGAGGUGCGCAACAGGAUCAAAAAGGAGAGGGAGGAGGUGCAGCAGCGGCAGCAAGGGGAGGGGGUGGAGGAGGAGGGGAAGGUUCAUCACUCAAAGUCUGGAAUCAAGAUGACCUCCAGCUGCUCAUCAAAGCCGUCAACCUCUUCCCUGCCGGCACAACAAAGAGGUGGGAGGUUGUGGCAGAGUAUAUCAACCAACACAGCCACCAGCAUCACCAGGCUGGCCAAGGAGGUGCUCAAUAAGGCCAAGGAGCUGCAACACUCAGACAAGCACAUGAGGGAGGCAGCCAACAAGAAUGCCUACCACAGCAUGGAGAAGGCACAGGCUCGGCAGGUGAUCAGCGACACCACAGCCUCCCAGAGAUAUGACACACCACAGGAGAUGCUGGGGAUGAACACUGCUGCUUGGGGAGCUGAGGAACAGAGGUUGCUGGAGCAAGCCCUCAAGACCUAUCCAGUCUCUACUCCUGACCGCUGGGACCGCAUUGCCAAGUGUGUCCCCAACCGAACCAAGAAAGACUGCAUGAGGCGCUAUAAGGAGCUUGUUGAGAUGGUGAAGGCAAAGAAGGCGGCUCAGGCUGCUGCAGUGGGAAAGAAGUGAGGAGCCAAACCCUGCUGUCUUCUUUCCUUUGCUCGUAGUGCGGAAGGUUGGCGGGCAGUAGCGGCCAAUCAGACAGACGGACGUGUAGGGGAACUAAAACUACAGAUAGCGACCUGAUAUCUACCCCGCCAGCCUUCAUGAUUGCGCUGAGGUACCCCACCACCCAGAUAAACCUCAUUUGGCCCCAAGCCCACUGCACACACACGGUGUUGCCCUUUAGGUAGUGAGGAGAGACAGGUACCAGCAGGAGCAGUAGUGGUAACAACAGCAGGAUGGGGAGCUUCAGCAAGAUCCUGCCAUACUCCUGCUAUGAGCUCGGCCACUGCUGGAAACACUCGUGCUCCUCAGCCUCCUUUGAAAUCUGUAUCAUUGGGUUCAUUGAAAGCAUCAAAAUCUAUGGUGUGGUGUACUUGCUAACCGGUCUUGUGAAUGCUCGGAAAAUAAGUAUGAAGUAUGGAAAAAAAGCUCUUGAAGAACUACUUAACAUCAGUUUGUUUCCUGACAGUCAAUGCUUUUGGGUACAUUGGCUCCUACUGUGUUGUCAGACACAUUCUGCAGCACUUCAACUUUUUCACAGUCUCCUUUGUGCCAGGGUUCAUUGGCAGCCUCAUGGCCAUCCUAGUGGAACGGCCAGCACGACGAACACUCCUGGGCAUCUAUGUUACCAAUGUGUGAGCUGAGGGUCGGUGAAGCGCACAAGUGGGUCAGCAUUCUCAUACCAGAACCGGUCACAGCAGCGGAGGUUCCUGAACUGAAUGCCGAGGAUGCAGCCGAACGUGGGACCGACCAGUCCACCGUGCAGCGGCGUCUCAAUCAAUCCACCAGUGAACAGAUCUAUGUCAUCCACGUGUGCGUACGUCCGUUUCAUUCGCUCGAUCACCGGCCUCGCUAUCUCCCUGUGCAGGUCAUCAAACGACCUCGCCCUGGUCAGGUUACAGAGGGCCCUGUACUCAUUGUAAGGCUGCAGUCCAUGGUCUCUGCCUCGCUGGAUGUUGAGGGCAGUCAGGUCCAGGCCAGAGAAUGGCUGCCGCUUGUCUUCAAAGAGAUGGUUGGUCACCUCAUCUGUCAAGAACUGGUCCAGUGUCUCCAUGGACACAGUAGUCAGGCCGCGGAUGAUCUCAUCAAGCAUCCCAGGCUGGUAGAGUAGGUCUGGGUUGAAGAAGUGUUCGCUCAGCUUGACAGGAGGGUUGCGCUUGGCAAAUAUUCCGUCCAUGCGCUCCAGGGAAGGCUUGAGUAGAGAGUGGCCAAAGC